CCCCCCUCGCCUUCUUCCUUACCAGUUCCUCUUGUCCGGGGCCAGACUGAGCUCGGGUUGAUCUCAGCUCACACCAGCAGCCCCCACAGCUGCUCUAGGAGCCCUGACACCAGCAGCCAGAGGGAAGGCCCAGGAGCUGCCUGCAGCCAUGUCAGCCCUCAGCCUGGUCAUUCUGGGUCUGCUCACAGCGGUGCCAUCUGCCACCUGUCAACAAGGCCUGGGGAACCUGCAGCCCUGGAUGCAGGGCCUUAUUGCUGUGGUCGUGUUCCUGGUCCUUGUUGCAAUCGCCUUUGCUGUCAACCACUUCUGGUGCCAAGAAAAGCCGGAACCCCAGAACUCUGCCGUGCCCAUUGAAAACAAGGCAGACGGGAUCCUGGUAGGGACGGAAGGAAAGUACUCCUCAAUGGCGGCCAGCUUCAGAUCUGAUGAGCAUGAGAAUGCAUAUGAAAAUGUCCCUGAGGAGGAGGGCAGGAUGCGGAGCACCCCCAUGUGAUCCCACUUGCCUGUGGCCACCAGCACCAACCCUGGGUGCCUGGAAUCAAUGCCCCUCCUCUGGGCAGGAAUCUACUGUAUUAGGCUGACUCCUUGAACCCAACCCUGCCUUGAAUUGUCCCAGCCAAGUUCAGAACUCAGACUGCGUCUAGGUUAGGGCUCAGCUGUGGCUCUGGGGUCUCCUGGUAGCUACUCAGUUCAAUUCCGUAGGCCCUUCUGAAAGAGACAGUCAGCUCAGCACCUCCCAUCCUGCCUCACAUUUCCUUCCUUCACUGUUGAAAUGGCCCUUAUUUCUGUGAAAUAAAGACUUUUUGUACUUCCAA